UUUAUGAUGGAUACGAACGAUGCAGUUUUGUCUGUGGAAGAUUUUUCACAGACAGUUUUCAAAGCAGUAACAGAAUCACGAAAGCACGUCGACAGUUUGCCCGUCAGUGGCAGUGAUUUUGAGUGCUGGACCAGUUACGAUGAGUUCACGCAUCUGACCAAUCACCACGGCAAGAGGAUCCUGAACCUCAUCCAGCUUAUUCUGUCGAAGCACAACUUGAAGACCGAUAUUUCUUCAGAAUUGCUGGAUGUUGAAGAGAGAUACGACCUCCUGACGGAUGCUUGUGAUCAGCUGAUGGAUAGAAUAGGCACAAACCUCGAUGACGCUUCCAACCCUAAGAAGGCUGCAUCACUGAUUGUGUCAUCCAGACUGAGCAACUUGUGUUUGACAUCUUCGGUCCCCACACCAUCAUCAUCGUCGUCGUCAUCUUCUAUGUUGAUGUCAUCUUCACCAGUGGCUGAAAAACCACACAAUGCUUCUUUCAACAAAACAUCUGUGUCAAAUUACACCCUGAUGACGAGCAAAGUUGUCACGAGGUCUCAGGAUAAAUUCAAAGACAAAAUUGACAACUCGAACAGUCCUUUCCUGCCAAAAAUUACUGAGAAGCCGAAUGCCAUGAUUCCACUUGGAGAAAGCUUGAAAUUGGAAGCCAGUACAGAGGAUAUUGAUGAUCUCAACCUUGAGUAUCCACAUCCAUAUCAAUAUGAACUUGAUCUGUUUCGACCAGCGCAGCAACUCCUUGAAAAAGUAAUCACUCAGGUUCCAAAAGGUGUAGAGACGACACCAUUCACGUACGUCGACACGGAGGAAAAGUUUGAUGAAUUAAUUGAAAAGUUGAAGUCAGUGACUGAAAUAGCAGUUGAUUUGGAGCACCAUUCCUUCAGAAGUUUCCAGGGCUUCACAUGUCUCAUGCAGCUCUCGACCAGAGAUGAAGACAUCAUUGUAGAUACGUUGGCGUUGAGGCACUGCAUACAUAAGAUCAACUGCGUUUUUACAAACCCUAAUAUCAUUAAGGUUUUGCACGGUGCAGAUAUGGAUGUGGUCUGGCUGCAGAAAGACUUCGGAGUGUACCUAGUUGGAAUGUUUGACACUGGACAGGCCUCCAGGAUUCUCGGAUUGCCCUACUUCUCAUUUGCAUAUGCCCUUCAACAUUACUGCAAUGUCAAGGCCGAUAAACAAUAUCAACUUGCUGAUUGGAGGAUCAGGCCAUUACCGGCUGAAUUGAUAAAGUACGCUAGGGAGGACACGCACUACCUGCUCUACAUGUACGACUGCAUGAGGAAUGAUUUGCUUCACAAGAGCAACUACACUGACGUUCUCCUGACGAGUGCAUUUGCCAACAGCAACAACCUCUGCAAGAAGAAAUAUCAGAAACCACGUACAACUGAAACCAGCCAUAGAGAUAUGUACAUGGCUCUGAAGGCAAGGUCUUCAUCUACCAAGCAUCACCUCAAUGACCGGCAGAUGGAAGCACUGAAGCAGCUGUUUGCCUGGAGAGAUAAAAUUGCUCGUCUCGAAGACGAGAGUACUGGGUUCAUCCUUCCAAACCAGAUGAUGUUUCAGCUGGCUGAGCACCUGCCAAGAGAACCUGAAGGAAUACUGGCCUGCUGCAAACCCCUGCCCACCUUUGUGAAGAAGGAAUUAGCUGACAUUCAUAGAAUCCUCAGAAAUGUUCUUGAGUUACCUGACAGCUAUUUUGUUAGUCCAAUUCUUUGA